CCCGCUUUAUUUUGGUCUGGCCCGCGAAGCAGGAAUAGGCGAAGGCAGGUUUAUUUAGACUUCGACUGUCAAGCGAUUUUUGCACAUUGCCAAAGACCGAGCGGCAGUCCGUAAACAACUUGUGAGGCGAAGGCAUGUGUCUGUGACCGGCGGCCAUGUGGUAACCGGGCGAUUCCUCCAGGUCCUAGGAAUAGACGCGAGAACGCUCUCAGAAUGUCUUUGCCGUUUCUCAAGAGACGAAGGAGCUCUUCGAUCAAGAAGGAGUUCUCUCAAAAGGAACUGGAAGAUUUGAGGACAGCUUUCGACCUGUUGGACAGAAACCAAGACGGUCGGGUAACUCCGGGAGAACUGAAGAUUAUGUUAAAUAAUUUAGGUAUAGAAAUAAAGGACGAUAAGGCUGAAGAAAUCAUACGGACAGCGAGCCAUUCAGGCAACGAACUGAUAGAUGAGAACGAUUUUCUUAGUUUCGUCAAACAAAUUCAGCAACUAGCUCCCAGUUUGGUUGAGGAAGAUGCCACGAUGGAUUUGAUGGCAGCCUUCAAGGUGUUCGAUUUAGACGGUGAUGGAUUCAUCACCAGAGAAGAACUCAAAGUGGCGAUGGAAAUGAUAGGGGAGGACAUUACAGAGGAUCAACUGACUCAGGUCAUCAUUAUGGCUGAUACAGAUCAUGAUGGAAAAAUAAACUAUGAAGAAUUUGUUAAGUUGCUGUCAUCUUGAAGUCGAUCCGCACGAGUAGUAGUAUUAUUAUAAGCAUAAAUUUGUAUCAAAUUUAUGUUCAUAUACAGUCAGAUGUAUAAAUUGUAUAUAGUGUUGAAAAUAAGGCUGUGAUCUGGUACCUAACCGAGUUUUCCCAGAAAAUACCCACAGAAGAACCAGUGUUAUGUUGUAAAUAACUAUUUGUGUAUAAUUUGAAAUUCGCAAAGAAAAUAAAUAGUUACCAUGAUAUAAUUAGUGAAAAUCAGAUUUUUAUAUUAAUUUUAUAUAUCGAUUGUUCAUAUCUAAAAAUUGUAAUGUUACAUAAUAAAGUUAGACAAGUAAAUGAC